AUGUCGCUACGCCUGACUAGUAGAUCGGGCAAGCUGGCAGAGCAGCGCUGCACUUGCUCGCACAAUACAGCAAGCUUUGCACAGAGAGCAAAGAGAAGGAAUCACUCCGAUGCAGCCACUCGUCGACUGGCGAGUGAGUCCCAGAGGGAUUUCAUCCUCUCUGUUCUUGAAGCACACCCAUCUGCCCGCGAUUCCCGGAGCUAUCUCAAGGCAUUCGCACCCCGUCAACGGCCUCCAUCGCCGCCGACAAAGGCAAGCGCCAAUGAUGCGCCUCUGCAAGCGGAGCGUAAGCCUGACUCGCUCAAUGCUUGGGCCUCCCUCGGCGGCUCAAUGCAGCCCAUCACCGAGCAAAUACUGUCGGACCUGCCCAAAGCGUCCGCUGCUACGACAUCGCCAGCAGAAGCAAGUCAAGUGCUGCUCGACAGGGAGCAGUUUGUCGACAAGUUACUCAAUCCUGUGCAUCAGCAUACCGCGAUUGUCAAGGUGCAGGGCCCGUUUACAGAUCGCCAGCUGUCAAGUAUCGCGGAAGGCAUGGUCUAUCUCAAGAAGCUCGGCCUCGUUGCAAUCAUGUCCCUCGACAACGAAGACUGGGCAGGUCUAGCAGACAAGCCCGAUCUGCUCAGACAGACCAUCAUCGCCGAGACGCUCGAAUUGGUCGAUAAGCUCGAGACUGCGGGCGCUGGCGCUCGUCCGCUGAUCGACGAUGUAUUCACGAUAAAUACGCAAUCCCAAGACCAUCUUGGCGUCGGUAGCUUGACUGCCAUUCGGUCUGCGCUCAAACAUGGCGAGAUCCCUGUCAUCCCGCCCAUUGCGCUCGAUGCUACUGUAGCGGCUGUAGUCGUGCAGAGCAACGCAGCCAUACUUGCCCUCACGCGUGCACUUGUCGAAGAUUCUCGAAUGGUCAAGCCGCAAUCGCCAUCACAUCCAGACGAUGCCCUUGCCCCCAAGCCUGCUCAGGUCGACUUGACACCGCUGAGGAUGAUGAUCAUCAAUCGAGAGGGUGGCAUUCCCUCGCCUGCUCGUGCUGGCAAUCCGCAUCUCUCAAUCAAUCUCGAGUCAGAAUACGAUUUCAUCAAGGACACUUUUGUCUGGCAGGACAGUCAUCCAUCUUCGCUCGACAACCUGACGCUCAUCAAGGACUGUCUAUAUCUGCUUCCUCGAGAGAGCUCGGCCGUCGUUGUGUCGCAUCGCUCGCCCAAGUCACUGAUUGCGAAUCUCGUGACGAACCGGCCCUCUUUCUCGCCCUCACUUAAGCUUGACUUGCUACCUGACCGCGUGGAGCACACUCCCACGAUCAUCAAACGCGGUCUGCCAAUUCGCGUCGUCCGUGCAUUUGACCAAUUGGAUCAGGAUAAACUUGCCGAGCUGCUCGACCAAUCGUUCGGCAAGACGCUCGUGCGAAAGCCUUACUUUGACCGAUUGAAGACUUGUAUGGACUUUACGAUUCUCGCUGGCGAUUAUCAAGCUGCUGCGAUAGUCACUCUGGAAGGUGCUCCUGGCGAUGCUGACGCUGACUUAACACCUAUCUCGUAUCUUGAUAAAUUUGCCGUCUUGCCCUCUCUGCAAGGCGACGGUACUGUCGACUUCCUUUGGGGAGCCUUACGAGACGAGUCGUUCGGUCUAGGUCUGCUCGACGCCCUCAACAACAACGGAGGUCUUGAGGGACGCGGUAUCGGACGGGAUCUCGUCUGGCGAUCUCGUCGAGACAACCCCGUCAAUAAAUGGUACUUUGAACGCAGCAAUGGAUUUGCGCACGUACAGAUGGGCCCGGGCGGCUCAGACGGGACGCUUUUCUGGGCAGAUAGCGAGUCACGGCUGGAGAGAUUCAAGCAGGAAGCCAAGUCUCAGGCUCAUACGGGCAUCUCGACGGUCGCGGACGAGGAAGUUGGGCCCUCUGGCGAGAAAGUGAACGCUUUCGGAUCCAGUAUGAGUCCGUGCACAGCAUCGCAUCCGGCAUUGUCGAAUGUUGCGAACGCAAGCCUCAGCAUGAUAUCGUCGACUUCUGCGCCAGAGCUGCCGCUACCACUGCCGUGCUUGGUCGUCUCGCCUGCCGAAGCCAUCUCGAGUGGCUCGCUGAGCAACCAGCCUGACCUGAAUGUAGAAGAUGUCGAUGGAAGCAUUAAGACUGUCCUGCGACGACCGCCGAUGCCGCUACUUCUUGUCAGGCCCAAUAAACGAACCUCGAUCAUCAUCGACACGCAAGCAACCGAAUCGGAUCACUUGCUAGUUUACACCAACUCUACAUCGCCCAUGGCAAGCUAUCAGUCUGUCGCUGACAGUCUCUGGGACGAAGACCGACAAGCGCGUGCGCACCGCUCGUUCUGGAAAGCUCGGCUUGCUACCUUGCUCUUCGCUUUUGUGCUCAUAUUGAGCAUGGUAGGCUUCACGACACUUCGCAAUGCCCAGCGCAUAUAG